AUGGAAGAACUGAAUAUUAAUUUUGACGUAUUCAAGAAGAGGAUUGAAUUGUUGUAUUCCAAGUACAAUGAGUUUGAAGGUUCCCCAAAUUCGCUGCUAUUCGUUUUGGGUUCCUCCAACGCUGAAAACCCGUAUCAGAAGACAACCAUAUUGCAUAAUUGGUUACUGGGUUACGAAUUCCCGGCUACUUUGAUUGCAUUAGUUCCCGGAAAGGUUAUUAUUAUCACCAGCUCCGCCAAGGCCAAGCAUUUACAAAAGGCAAUUGACCUAUUUAAAGAGCCUGAAAGCAAAAUUACGCUGGAAUUAUGGCAAAGAAACAAUAAAGAAGCAGAACAUAAUAAGAAGUUAUUCGAUGAUGUUAUUGCUUUAAUCAAUAGUGCUGGUAAAACAGUUGGUAUACCUGAAAAGGACUCUUACCAAGGCAAAUUUAUGACCGAAUGGAACCCAGUAUGGGAGGCGGCGGUGAAGGAAAACGAAUUCAAUGUCAUUGAUAUUUCACUGGGUCUUUCUAAAGUUUGGGAAGUGAAGGAUAUCGACGAGCAAGCGUUCCUGUAUGUUUCCAGUAAAGGGUCCGACAAAUUCAUGGACCUUUUAUCCAAUGAAAUGGUUCGCGCAGUCGAUGAGGAGUUAAAAAUUACCAAUGCUAAGUUGUCAGACAAAAUUGAAAAUAAAAUUGAUGAUGUCAAAUUUUUGAAGCAAUUAAGUCCCGAUUUAAGCGCAUUAUGCCCACCAAGUCACAAAUUCAACUUUGAUUUAUUGGAUUGGACUUAUUCACCUAUCAUUCAAUCGGGGAAGAAGUUCGAUCUUAGAGUUUCUGCCCGUUCCACCAAUGAUCAGCUCUACGGCAACGGUUGUAUUUUAGCCUCAUGUGGUAUCCGUUAUAAUAAUUAUUGUUCUAAUAUUACUAGGACUUUUUUGAUCGAUCCGUCUGAAGAAAUGGCUAAUAACUACGAUUUUUUACUAACGUUGCAAAAAGAGAUUGUAACCAACAUUUUAAAGCCCGGCCGUACACCACAAGAAGUUUAUGAAUUAGUAAUAGAAUACAUUGAAAAAUCCAAACCUGAACUAGUACCCAAUUUCACCAAAAACAUUGGCUCACUAAUCGGCCUCGAAUUUAGGGAUUCUAACUUUAUAUUAAACGUCAAGAAUGAUUAUCGCAAAAUCCAACGUGGUGAUUGCUUCAAUAUUUCGUUCGGUUUCAAUAAUUUGAAAGAUUCUCAAAGCGAUAACAACUAUGCUUUACAACUAGCUGAUACGGUUCAGAUUCCACUGGAUGAAACUGAGCCACCACGGUUCUUAACAAAUUACACUAAGGCUAAAUCUCAAAUAUCAUUUUAUUUCAAUAACGAAGAAGAAGAUAACAAUAAGAAGAAACCUUCACCAGCUACUAAGGUUCCUAGUAAACCAGACAGAAAUUCUAAAAUUUUAAGAACGAAGUUACGUGGUGAAGCUCGUGGUGGUGCCGAAGACGCUCAAAAGGAACAAAUUCGUAAAGAAAAUCAAAAGAAACUGCACGAAAAAUUGGAGAAAAAUGGGUUAUUGAGAUUUAGUGCUGCUGAUGCCAAUGGCCCAGAUAGCGAACCUCGUCAAUACUUCAAAAAAUAUGAAUCCUAUGUUCGGGAUUCACAAUUACCAACUAAUAUUCGUGAUUUAAGAAUCCAUGUUGACUGGAAAAGCCAAACAAUUAUUUUACCCAUUUACGGUAGGCCAGUCCCAUUUCAUAUAAACUCAUAUAAGAAUGGUUCUAAGAACGAAGAAGGCGAGUAUACGUAUUUACGUUUGAACUUUAACUCACCAGGUUCUUCUGGUGGUAUUUCUAAGAAAGUUGAAGAAUUGCCGUACGAGGAAUCAGCGGACAAUCAAUUUGUACGUUCAAUUACACUAAGGUCUAAAGAUGGUGACCGCAUGAGUGAAACUUUCAAACAAAUUGCCGAUUUGAAAAAAGAAGCCACAAAGAGAGAGCAGGAACGUAAAGCACUUGCUGAUGUCGUUCAACAGGACAAAUUGAUUGAAAAUAAAACAGGAAGAACAAAAAGACUGGACCAGAUUUUUGUUAGGCCAAAUCCUGAUACAAAGCGUGUCCCAAGUACAGUCUUCAUUCAUGAAAAUGGUAUCAGAUUCCAAUCUCCACUGAGAACCGAUAGCAGAAUAGAUAUACUAUUCUCGAACAUCAAAAAUCUAAUUUUUCAAUCUUGUAAAGGUGAACUAAUUGUCGUCAUCCAUAUUCAUUUGAAAAAUCCGAUUUUAAUGGGAAAAAAGAAAAUACAAGAUGUCCAAUUUUACCGUGAAGCCUCUGAUAUGUCCGUUGAUGAAACUGGAGGUGGAAGACGUGGCCAAUCCAGAUUUAGAAGAUAUGGUGAUGAGGAUGAGCUAGAACAAGAACAAGAAGAAAGAAGAAAACGAGCCGCGCUCGAUAAAGAGUUUAAAUAUUUUGCAGACGCAAUUGCAGAAGCAUCAAAUGGUUUAUUGACUGUAGAAAAUACAUUUAGAGAUUUGGGUUUCCAGGGUGUUCCAAAUAGAUCGGCAGUUUUCUGUAUGCCAACUACAGAUUGUUUGGUUCAAUUGAUUGAACCACCAUUUUUGGUGAUUAACCUGGAGGAAGUCGAAAUCUGUAUUUUAGAAAGAGUUCAGUUUGGCUUGAAGAACUUCGACAUGGUUUUUGUUUAUAAAGAUUUUAACAAACCCGUUACGCAUAUCAAUACAGUUCCGAUUGAAUCUCUAGAUUUCUUGAAGCAAUGGUUAACAGAUAUGGAUAUUCCUUACACUGUCUCGACCAUCAAUUUGAAUUGGGCCACCAUUAUGAAGUCAUUACAAGAUGAUCCCUAUCAGUUUUUCUUAGAUGGUGGUUGGAACUUUCUGGCUACCGGCUCAGAUGAUGAAGCAUCUGAUGAAAGUGAAGAAGAAGUUAGUGAAUAUGAGGCUUCUGAAGACGACGUAAGUGAUGAAAGUGCGUUCUCUGAAGAUGAAGAAGGAUCUGAGGUGGACGACGAUAUUAGCGGUGAUGAAAGUGAAGAUUAUACUGGUGACGAAAGCGAGGAAGGUGAGGAUUGGGAUGAAUUAGAGAAAAAGGCUGCUAGAGCAGAUAGGGGUGCAAACUUUAGAGAUUAG